AUGAGUGAUAUUAAAGAAAAAGAAAAUGAUAGUUUUAACUAUCUUUAUGUACUUUCAAAUAGUUUAGUACUUAAGAAAAUAGUAGAAAAACUUAAUUCAUAUGAAGAUUUGAGAAGACUUGCCACCACUUGCAGAAAACUACGGAUUACUUUAGGUCAACUUCGUUAUAGAUAUAAAAAUUUAUGGUAUUAUUAUGAAUAUGAUGAUAACUUAGUAGUAUCAAUGCCUCAUUUUUUAUCAAAUAUUGAAAAAUAUAGGUAUUGUGUUGAGUGCAAAAAUUUUUAUGAUGAGACAUUUUUGCUGAUAUUAAUUAAUGAAGUACAACCUGUAAGAAAAACAGUUAUGAUAAAACAAAGUAAAGAUUUAAUAGAAGAGAAAACAAAGUAUUUAAACCAAGUUAUUGAAGAAAAUUUACCAAGACAUAUGUCUUUGAACAUAUCUAUAAAUGAAAAUUUUGAAAUAACAAGUUUAAGUGCUUUAAAAAAUUUCAAACACAUAAAAGUUAUAUAUAUUACAAAAUCACCUUUUAAUUAUAAAUAUUUAAAAUAUAUUAAUGACAAUGUUGAAUAUUUAGAUAAGAUUGUUUUUGGAGAAAGUUGUUGUCCUAAUAACCAAAAUAUCAUACCUGGUAUUUAUUUAAAUGAUAUAACAGAUGGUGUACAAAUAUUUAAAUUACUUUAUUCUUUUAUUGGAUUGCUUUCAAUGAUCAAAGAUGGUAAAAAAUUGAAUAAUCUUUUUCUUACUCAUUGUGCUCUUGAUUGUAUUGAGAGUCCCAAUGAAUUUGAAAUUUUAAAAGAAUUUACAAAAAAAUCUCGACGCAUUUAUAUAGAUAUUUAUUUUAACGGUUUUCGAAAUCCAUCAGCAUGGUUAGAUUAUUUUGCUGAAACAACUAAUAUUUAUUCAUUAACAUGGUUUGUCACUGGAUACAUGGAAACUUCAUUUGUUUUUAUUCAUCCAAUUUUUUUAACAUUUAUGGAAACAUUGACAAAUUUUGGUAUUAUUUAUUAUAGAGAUAUAACCACUUUAUCAAUUUCAACAUUUUCUGCACCAAUUACAAGUAUCUUUUAUGAUGCUCUUAGAAAAUGCUUUAAUAUGGAAAGUUUUGCUAUAACAAUUAAUUUAUUUGAAAUAACUGAUUCUCUUAGUGAUGAGGUUAUUGAUAGAAGAACCAAUAUAACAUACAAAAAUUCUUUUACUGAAUUUUGUUGUAAGAUGCCACCAAAUUUAAAAGUUCUUUAUCUGGAUCGAUGUGACAUAUUAUCUUUUGAUGAGUUAAAAUUAAUUUCCGAGUCAUCUCCAAACAUUGAAACUCUUAUUCUUCAUGAUUUGAGAGAUAGUGAUAUCUGUGAUUUAGAUAAAUUAAAAAUGAUUUGUAAAAAUGUGAAAUAUGUUGAUUUUACAGUUUCAGAAAAAUAUGCUUCUUCUAUUGUUCUUAAAAGUCUUACUGAAGAAAAAAAAAAUGAAAGUGGAGAAAAUAAACUUAUGUUAAAAUGGCCUUCAUUUUAUAUUUUUACAUGUAAAUUUCUUUGUAUUGUCAAAGGGUUAAAUAAUGGUUUUAAUGAACUAGAAAGAAAUACUCCAAGAAGUCCUGGGCAAUUUAUUAUCAAAACACCAAGAUUAAGAAAUGAUAGUAAUUAUUUUCAUAAUUUUCCUAGUAGUCAUCAUGAAGAUUAUAAUGAAAUUGAAAUUACAAUUAUGAAAAAUGGCAGCUUUUUUGAACAAAAAAAAUUUACUGAAAUUAAGAAAUAUAUUGAUACUAUGUCAUAUGAAAAAAUAAACGAGUUUCAAAAAAGAUAUUUAUAA